UUCAGAUAGCCCCACCGAGCCCCCGCAAUGACGUGUGGCGCCCCGCAUUUAGGGAGGGGGGUGAUUCUAUUCUUAACACCCGCCCUGUUCCAGAGACUCUCAGGGGCGUUUGAAUGGAGGAGGGAAGAUCAGCACCGUCUGAACCGAGCAGCACAGACGCGGAGACACGCUAAACGCUGCUUUAUCUGAGUAGCACAGACAGAGACGGAAGCUCAACACUGUGUGAAAGACCUUCUUCAGUGUGACGGCCGGUAUCUGGAAUACGGCGGCAGGAUUUUGCACGCUUGGUAGUUUUUACUGAGCUCUUUUUGCACUUUGAGGACCAUUUACACUCGCUACUGGGAGAUUUUUUUUUUUCCUUUUGAUAUCUUCCUUUGGUUGAGGUAAAAUACAACGGAGAGGGACCGAGUCAGAGAGGGAGCGUUGGCUGGUUUGACCCCUUUUCACAGACCCGUGACGCACCGCCCAGGUCUGACCUGGUAGCGCGACGCUUCAUUUCAACGCAAUGACCUCAAAACUGGUGAACCAGCUGGCAAAGGUGUACGACCCCAACCCGGCGGCAGGUGGGGGGAAGGCUGGGAGGGCGGCGGCCGAGACCGACGAUCACUCCGCCCACUCCGUCCGCCUCAUCCAGGUGCGCAUCGAGUCCCUGAGCGACAAGAUGGACAAGCUGAUCCACAUCCAGGAGAAGGUCCUGCACCGGCUGGACAGCAUGUCUCAGGACAUCGGCGACAUCGAGCACGACGUGGAGACGCUGAAGGUGGACAAGGAGGAGGUUCACCUGCAGGCGCCCACGCAGUUCCAGCUGCAGCAGGCCAGGGGAUCCAGCCAGAUGAGGGAGAUCUGCCAGGAGAUGACCUCCAUCAUCUCCGUGGUGAACGAGAGGUCGGAGCAGCAGGCCAGGAAGCUGGAGGGCAUGGAGAAGCUAGUGCUCGGCAUCCAGGAGGUUAUCGGUUUCAUCGGGGAGACGGUGAAGGGCUCCCGGCUCAUGGAGCUGCUUUUCAAAGACCCCGCUUCACGCAAGGAGAGAGCCAAAGAGGCCAGGGGCCGACAGACUGCCAAGAAGCAGGUGUCUGCCGAAAGGGGAGAGCCGCCGGCCGGCAAGAGAGCAGAGAAGAAAACUACCUCUACUAAAGCCACUAAAGGGAAGACAGAGACCUCUCCCGUAUGUGUCUCCAGCCCCCCGGAGACUGUUUCCAAGGCGACACUUCACGGACCAAAGCGCUUCCUUGCGACUCAUAGAUACGGAUUCCUGAAAGAGCACAAAGGGAAGGAGACGAAGGAGAGGCCACGCCUGAGCCUGAAGGGCCUGAAGUCUCAGAAGAAGAAGAAGCCUCCAGACUCCCCAGACACCGUCUCUCUGAGGAAGCAGGCGCUGCUCCUGGCAGAGGUUCAGAAGCUCAAUGAGGAGAACGCAGCAAGGUCAGGCCAUGCACAAACAGCCAAACCCCAGGACCUGGAGACCGGGGGAUGGGAGGACACCCCUGCUGGACAGGGGGGUGUGGACCUUCUGAGCUUCAUCCUGGAGGGACCCUCUGCGUCCGCGCCCGAGCAGGAGCAAGAGAUGGAGCAGCUGAAGCAGGAGGAGGAGGAGGUGGUCACCGAGUACGAGACCGAGGAAGAGGAGACCAUGCAGGAGGAAGGGGCGGAACCACAGGAGAGAGAGAAAAAGGAGCCUAAAGAGGAGGAGAGAAGCCCAGAUGUGACCUCAGCUGUGAGCGAAGGAGUGUGUGUCAAACCGGAGGCAGUGGAGCCUCCUCCUGCCAGCUCCUGUGACACGCCCAGUGAUGUCCAAGCUCCUGUGCUGGAGAGGCACGAGGAGAGCCAAUCAGCACCUUUGAAGGCGGAGCCAGAGCAGUCAGGCGAGGUCACCGCCAGCAGCAAGCGGAGGGUGGCGGAGGAAGACCUGCAGCAGGAGGAGCACAAGAGGAGCUGCACUGUGGAGGAGAAGGAGAAGGAGGCAGAGGAGGAGAGGCAGGCAGAGGGAGAGGAGAAGCAGGGGGAGGAGGAGAGGAAGGGGGCCGAGGCCCAGGCCCAGGAUGCCGGAGAGAAGAAGGAGGAAGAGGAAGAGGAGGAUGACAGAGAGGGACUGGAGAUGGAUCUGGAGGAGCUGAGGAAGGCGUGGCUGAAGAAGAGGGCGGAGCUAGAAGGAGUGGAGACAAAGAGGGAAGAGGAGUACAAGAUCGAUUGCAGCCCUCCCCCCUCCGCCCCUUUUAAACACCGCAUUGUUUCCGCCAAACCGAACCAGAUCAACAACUUCUACACCAUCAACCGGCAGGAGGUCCUGGGAGGAGGUCGUUUUGGCCAGGUUCACAGAUGCAUCGAAAAUUCAUCCGGACUCACCCUGGCAGCCAAAAUCAUCAAGGCGAGGGCUCCCAAGGAGAAGGAGGUGGUGAAGAACGAGAUCCAGGUGAUGAACCAGCUGGAUCACGCAAACCUGAUUCAGCUCUACGCUGCCUACGAAUCCAGGAACGACAUCAUCCUCGUCCUGGAGUACGUGGACGGAGGGGAGCUCUUCGACAGGAUCAUCGAUGAGAACUACACGCUGACCGAGCUGGACGGAAUCCUCUUCAUCCAGCAGAUCUGUGAGGGUCUGCAGCACAUGCACAAGAUGUCCAUCGUGCACCUGGACCUGAAGCCGGAGAACAUUAUGUGCGUGAGCAGACUCACCCACCACAUCAAGAUCAUCGACUUCGGCCUCGCCAGGAAGUACAAACCAAAGGAGAAGCUGAGAGUGAACUUCGGCACACCGGAGUUUCUAGCUCCUGAGGUGGUCAACUAUGAAUUUGUCUCGUACCGGACAGACAUGUGGAGUUUGGGAGUCAUUACAUAUAUGCUUCUCAGCAGUCUGUCACCGUUCCUCGGCGAUGACAACAAUGAGACGAUGAACAACAUCUUGGCCUGCCAGUGGAACUUCGAGGAGGAAGAGUUCACCGACAUCUCUGAGGAGGCCAAGGACUUCAUCUCCAAACUGCUCAUCCCUAAUAAGAGUUGGAGGUUAAAUGCUGACGAAGCCCUUAGGCAUGCCUGGCUGUCGGACCCAGAUCUUCACUACCACCUCCAUGUAAAGAAGAACAUGUGUCGCUCACGGCGAUCGUCCUGCGUUCCUGUCCCUGACAGUUAAAAAAGUUUGGGGUAUCUGUUGUCGGGCACCCUCGAGCGCUGGGUGCUUCAAUGACACGAGGCCUCGCCCACCUGGACCAACACCGCUGUACCUGUACGCUUUCUGGAAGUUUCUCUCUGCAUCUCAUAUGUAUAUCAGCACAGCGACCUUAGUAUCUGCCGUUCUAGAACCAUCUGUAAGCCACGGAAUGCUAGUACCUCAACAGAACCCUUCCCCCACCCUGCAUUCUAGAACCAAUGCAAGCCACAGAAUGCUAGUACCUCAGGAGAAUUCUGCUCUCACCCCUGUUCUAGAACCAUCUAUAAGCUACAGAAUGCUAGUACCUUACCAUAACAUAGCGCCAGUGACAUGCUUCCCCAAGGGCCAUCUG